GUUGACAGCAUAAUUGUGAGCAGUGUUUAAAAGGGUUGGUGAUCCGCAUGAUUGUGGGCAUUCUGAUUUAAGAGUUAGCUCACACAAAAUGACUGCGAUUGUACAAGAAGAUAAUGAGUUAAAGAAGUUACUUGGUAGCCCUGCAAAAAAUGCUGGGGAGGAUAACUUGAUGGGUCCACCGCAAACAACUAAUGUUCCGCGGCCAAGUACAUCACAAAAUUUGAACCCCCAGUCACUGAUAAAUCCAAUGACUCCAGCUAAUAGUACAAAAGAAGUGAUAGAACCAUGUUUACAAAAUGUAGUUUCUACAGUCAAUUUAGGCAUAGAAUUACCACUUAUGUACAUAAAUACAAGGACGAGAAAUUCUGAAUAUAAUCCAGCAAGAUUUACGGGUUUGGUCAUGAGAAUUAUAAAUCCUAGAGCUACUGCAUUGAUUUUUCAUUCAGGAAAGUUAGUGUGUACAGGAGCUAGAUGCGAAGAGGACUCUUUUCUAGCGACAAGGAAGUUUGCAAGAAUAAUUCAGAAGCUAGGUUUUACAGUCAAGUUUUUUAAUUUUAAAAUACAAAAUAUAGUUGCUACAUGUGAUUUAAAAUUUCCAAUUAAACUAGAAAAUUUAAAUCAUAUACAUGGUCAAUUUUCUAGUUAUGAACCUGAGCUUUAUCCAGGUCUUAUAUAUAGAAUGGUAUCACCAAGAGUCGUAUUGCUUAUAUUUGUAAAUGGUAAAAUUGUAUUAACAGGAGCAAAGAAUCGAGCUGAACUGCAGGAUGCACUAAACAAUAUAUAUCCAAUACUGAAAAGUUUUAGGAAGCAAUAACAGAAUUUUCAAUAUUUUAAGCUGCUUUUUACUUUUUAAUAUAAUUUAAAUUUAUAAUUUAAUAUAAUUUGUAUAAGGACAAUUAAAUUUAUUUUAACUGA